AUGAUUCCAGAGUUGGGACGAGAUGGUCGCGUCAGACAACUUGAAGAAGAUAGUUUGGCGAGUGGCAGUGUAACCGUCACAUGUGCAGGUGACGCGUACGCACGCGUCGCACUCUCUCUCAAUUCCUCUACUUACAUACAGUCUGGUUAUUCACCCUUGAUUCUUGCGGUCAUGGAAGAAAUCGGAAUCGAACUGCAGAAACAGGAACCUACUUUUGAAUCCGUGGUCACCGAGAAAGUGGCGCUCUUCCAGGAAUUACAGGAGGAAGAUCUGUACAUCAAGUACAAGAAGCUCUCCCGCCAUCUUGAGAUGCUUGAGAUACAAGAAGGAUACAUCAAGGAUGAGCAAGCGAACUUGAAGCGUGAACUUAUCCGCGCGCAAGAGGAAGUGAAACGCAUUCAGUCCGUUCCCUUGGUCAUUGGACAAUUCUUGGAGCCUAUUGAUCAGCACACCGGUAUCGUUGGAUCGACCACUGGUUCCAACUAUGUCGUACGCAUCCUGUCAACAUUGGACCGAGAAUUGUUGAAGCCUUCCUCCUCGGUCGCUCUCCAUCGGCAUUCCAAUGCGCUUGUCGACAUUCUACCACCAGAAGCCGAUUCUUCUAUUUCUAUGUUAGGAAAAGAGGAGAAGCCAGAUGUUGGGUAUCAUGAUGUUGGUGGGAUGGACUCACAGAAGCAAGAGAUCCGGGAGGCCGUCGAGCUGCCUUUGACACACUUCGACCUAUACAAGAAAAUCGGUAUCGACCCACCGCGUGGCGUUCUUCUGUACGGUCCUCCAGGCACGGGAAAAACAAUGCUUGUCAAAGCUGUUGCACACCACACUACAGCUUCUUUCAUUCGAGUUGUUGGCAGUGAAUUCGUGCAAAAGUAUUUGGGAGAAGGCCCUCGUAUGGUUCGCGACGUCUUCCGCCUGGCUCGAGAAAACGCCCCGGCCAUCAUCUUCAUUGAUGAGAUCGACGCUAUUGCCACAAAGCGGUUCGACGCACAGACUGGUGCCGACCGAGAAGUGCAGCGCAUUCUGCUCGAGCUGCUGAAUCAGAUGGAUGGUUUUGACCAAGGGAGCAACGUCAAAGUCAUCAUGGCUACAAACCGAGCGGACACAUUGGACCCAGCACUGCUCCGGCCAGGUCGAUUAGACAGAAAGAUUGAAUUUCCUCUUCCAUCACGUCGAGAGAAACGACUCAUCUUCCAAACGGUCACAAGUAAGAUGAACUUGGGCCCCGAUGUUGACCUCGAAGACUAUGUGUCGCGACCUGAUCGGCUAUCCUCUGCUGAGAUAGCAUCUAUCGCACAAGCUGCUGGACUUCAAGGCAACUGUCCGCAAAAAUCGUUACGUAAUAUUGCCGGUGGAUUUCGAAGAAGCUUGGAAGGUAACAAACCGUCAAGCGUGGCGAUGAAACUCACGAAUUCUACCGGUAAUAAGUACUUACUUGUCUUGUCUUCGCAGUUUCAACCAUCUUUCUCUACUAUCUCGCGUGAUUUUCUUCUCCGCUCCUACACUUUGCGUCCCUUCUCGUUCAGUCGAAGCGGCGAUCAUUCAGGGGAGCAAUAUGACAUGCAGACUACGGUCCGGUCUCGCAUUUUCAUAGUCCAGUCCACAUUUGUUUUGGUAUGAUAGGGUUGGCUCCCAUGCGAGGGAAAAAUAUCUGUUCCUGUAUGUUUUUCUCUCUUGAAUACAUCUUUUUU